AUGAUCAAUACAUCCAGACAGGUAACAAAUCAAGGUGGUAAUCGCCCUUUCGUUUCCACCUCCGGGUUUGGCAAUCCUACUACUCUGAUGUCCAGUGUUCAUAAAGCCGCUGAUCCAGUUGCCACAGUAACAGCCACUGUCCGACCCACCAACGCGAUUGCCGUGCCUACGACCACACCAGGACUAUCUGUUGUAUCUCCUACAUGUAUGCCCUUUUUCAUUCCUCACGUGCCUUCCAGCAUUCCUUCGCUCGGACCAAUGGCCGUAAAGGUUGAAAAUGCGAUUCCAACAACAAGUGGCACAGCUGAAACGGAGAGCAGCUCUGCUUUUCAUGCAAUAUUUCCACAAGAUACAUCUACGACGCCUCAAUGCGUGCUAUCGUUUCCUGAUCCUCCAAAAGAAGCCUUUGUGAAUCAGGGUCGAGCGGCAUCUAUUAAUAGUAGUACGGAUAACUAUCCAGUGCUUUCAACAACUGUCACGAACACUACCGUUUCGACCGCCCCUCAUGCGACUGUGCUUCCUCAACCAACGCAGCCCGUACCACCUGAAAGACAAUCUUCCCAGAACGUUUCGUUGUCUGCAACGAAUAUCACAGAUCACUCACGAGUAAAAACAAAUCCGUUCGACGAUGCUUCGGCUGUUGAGCGAACAUCAAGUAUUCUCAGUGACAACGAAGCAUCGGAAGCUUUGUGGUGUGGGACGUGUGGCCAUAUUCACGAUUUAUCAGCUGCGCAUACCUAUGAGUACAGCGAAUCCGUCGACUCAGACCUAUUGUGUCGACUUUGUCGACAGCCUCUGGUGGAUCCCUUGGAUACUAAAUGUGGACAUACUUUUUGCUCUUCUUGUUUAAAAAACCAUUUGGCUGUUCAAGCGUUGUGCCCGGAAGACAAACAGAUCAUUAACUAUUUGGAGUGUCAACAGUCUUCGAAUCUAGUGAAACGACUAUUGGACAAAUUGUUAGUAGUUUGUCCGAAUUCGGAGCAUUGCCGUGAAGUUUUGGCUCGCUGUGAUCUCGAAUCUCAUCUUGCUUAUUGGUGUCGUGGUGCCGUGGUCGCCUGUGUGAAUAACAAACUGGGAUGCCCUUAUCUGGGACUACGCGCAAAACAACCGGCUCAUCGAUGGAGCUGCCAGUUCCAGCCCUCUGUACCUCGGACCACCACCAUCAACAACAACUCGAUUACCAAUGCACCACUUGUGGGCGAAAAAUCUGCUUCUUUUGGCUCAUGCAAAAGCACAUCUGGUCCAAGAUCCGGUGAUUCCGGUGAACCGAAACAACCGGAUAGCGAGUCGGGUGUAAAAUCCGUGGAUCCAAGUCAGAGCGGUUCGCAUCGUGGCUCUACGUCCAGUGCGCCGUAUUCCACCCAAGAGACUUCAGUCGAAGCCGCCACUCCAUUCGCCUUAGAGGGUCAAAUUGGAUGUGUCGAUUUGAAACUGGACGGUCGUUCUGAGCUAGGUAUCAGCCUAGUCGGUGGAUGUGAUACGCCUUUGGCUUAUGCCGAUGUGGUUCCACAGCAGCUUAUGUAG